AUGUUGCGAUCUUGUGCUGUGGCAUUCCAAUCAACCCGUAAAUCCCUCGUUGAAGAAACACGUUUAAAGACUUUAAAUCUGUACAGAUCGCUGCUGCGAUCGAGCGAAAAAUAUCAACAUGCGUCCGUAUUACAAGACUUGAUCCGCGACAGAUUUAAAAAGAACAAGCACAAUACCUCCAGGCCAAAAGUGUUUGAGCUGCUGGUUGAAGGGGACCAGGUUAGUUUUAUAUGGAUAUUCUCGCCUAUACUAGCUAAAGGUUAG